AAUAUUCCCAUUGUUCAUUAUUUACUGCAGUCAUGGCAUCAAAACCCAUUGAAGUGGCAGCUCUGGGAAGACCUCUGUAUCCUGGUAUGCUGUAUGACUGCCGCAGUGAUACCUUCAUUCCAGGUGUUACUCUGUGGGAUAAGAAGUCACUGAGUGAAGAUUUGGACAGACAUCCACAGCCCAUGACAGAUUUGAAGGUCAGUUGCUCCGACUCUCUCUCUGAUAAGUCCAAUCUCCUGGAUGUAAGCGCUUCCCUGAAGGCCAGCUUCUUGGGAGGACUGGUGGAGGUGGGAGGAUCUGCCAAGUUUCUCAGUGACACCAAAUCCUCAAACCAACAGUCCAGAGUUACAAUGAAUCACAAAGAAACCACCAGAUUUGAACAGCUCACCAUGUCCCAUCUGGGCUCAGCUCAGAUCACCUACCCUGAGGUGUUUGACCAGAAAACUGCGACUCAUGUGGUCACAGGUGUACUGUAUGGAGCGCAGGCCGUCAUGGUGUUUGAUCGGACAUUUUCAGAAGAGGAAAACAAGCAGGAGAUUGAGGGAGAGCUGAAUGUCAUGGUCAAUAAGAUCCCUGGAUUUUCUAUUGAGGGAAAAGGAGCUCUAGAAAUGACAGAGGAGGAUAAGGAAAAGGCUGAGAGAAUCUCCUGCACAUUUCAUGGUGACGUCCGCCUUGAUCAGAACCCCACCAAUUACAUAGAGGCUCUUGAGGUGUACAAGAAGCUCCCCACUAUUCUGAAGGAGAAUCCAGAUAAUGCAGUUCCAGUAAAAGUCUGGCUCUAUCCUCUUUCUCUUCUGGAUACAAAAGCAGCUCAGUUGGUGAGAGGAAUCACCACACGUCUGGUUUCCAACACUGAAGAUAUAAUAGAGGGGCUGUUAGAGGCAGAGAGGACAUGCAACGACCUCUCCAGAAAACCACUGGUAAAUGUUUUCAGAGACAUCAAAGAGAGGCUCAGUUCAUUUCAGGGCUCUCUCAACAUUUACAAAACAGUGCUCAUGAAAGCAGUGGCCAGAGUCUUGCCUGCUAUACGAGGAGGAAAGAUGGAGGAGAAGUCACUGGAAGACAUCCUGAAGAUCCACUACAGCUCCCCUUUCAAAGCUGACAUGCUUAACCAGUGGUUAAAUGAUGCCAAGUUUGAACUUGAUCUCUUGAGUUCUCAAAUCAAGAAGCUGGAGGGAAUCAAAACUGAAGACUCAAACCAUCUCAAGAUCCUCCUCUCUGAUCCUGAUAUUGAUGUUGUGGUGUGCUUGACCUUCACAUCUAUGAAGUAUGAAGACCAGUAUCUUUCAACUCUGAAGAAGUUUCUGGAAUCAGAAGAGUUCAAGAAGCUAGAUGAGGUAGUGAAAAAGAGCUCUAGCAUGUUCAUAUCAGAAGAGUGGUUCAACGAUCCUGAUGUCAUCUCAAAGAUGAGAGAGAACUUAUCUCUUUUCAAAAGUUUUUCAGAGGCUAACAAAGAUGAAAAGAGAUACAGAUUCAUUAUUUCUGCCAUCUCCGAUCCAUCCAGUCCAGGCUCCUCCAUCUAUCUGUAUGAAAAAGGGAAGCUGACAGACACACAGUUCCAGCCCGUGUCGAAGCCUCCCCCACCAGAAGUGAAGGAGGUGAAGGAGCGCAGUGUGUCCCUGAAACUGCAGAAGUCCCCGACUGGAGAAACUGUGCAGUACAGAGUGGAGUACAAGCAGGUGAAAGAGGAAGAGUGGCUUGUCAGAAACACACCUGAUGAAGACUUUACUCUGACUGGAUUGGAGUUUGGACAGCAGUACCGGAUCCGCUACAGGAUUGUGGGUAAAGUGGGAGUGAGUGAAGCCAGUGACACUAUCGGCCCCAUACCGCCUUCAGGAACUGAUCCCAAGACCAGGAAUGACUUCCUACAAUAUUCCCAUCAGUUCACUCUGGAUCUGAACACAGUGAAUAAAAACCUCAGUCUGUCUGAGAGCAACAGAGUGAUUACAUUCACUUACACACCGCAGUCGUAUCCUGAUCAUCCAGACAGAUUUGCGUAUGAUCCUCAGGUGUUGUGUAGAGAGAGUAACGAUCUGACCAUCAUGGAUGCAGCAAGUUCAGUGGCGCUGACUGAAUUCAUCAACCACAGUAUUUCACGGAUGGAUCAGCAGCAGGAGAGCAUUUCAUCCACCGGCCGCGCUGUACAGGCCCUGGUGACGCAGGUGUCCGAGCUCUCCCAGCAGCUACAACAACUACGCAACCCCACUGCGCCACCCGCGCCGUCCGUUCCCCCUUCACCACCGGACCAAGGCGAUCACCCAGAGCCUCGACUGCCUGUCCCCAGCCUUACUCGGCCUCGCACCUUCGAGAGAGAGGAGACCAAGGUGGCAUUCGUGCUCACCCUGCUCACGGGACAGGCAGCCUUAUGGGGAACGGCGGUGUGGGAGAAUCGGGUUCCUUGCUGUUCCUCGUUCCAGGCACUCGCCGCGGAGAUGAAGAGGGUCUUUGAUCGUGCGGUCGCGGGCAAGGAGGCGGCCCGCCAACUCACGGAACUCAAACAAGGUCAUCGCGUUGUUGCCGAAUACUCGAUCGAGUUUCGCAGCCUCGCGGCAGAGUGCCGCUGGAACGAGGAGGCGCAGUGGGACGUCUUCCUGCAUGGGCUGGCUGACCGUUUCCACAAGGAAAUCUACGUCCUGGACCUACCACCGGAUCUAAACGGCCUCAUCGAACUGGCUCUACGGGUGGAUUCCCGACUCAAUCGUUUAGAGCGCCUCUCCCGACCACACGGUGGAGCUAGUGGCUCAGAGGUUCGGGCAGUCGGCGGAGGAGACACGGUCAGUCCCGCUCUCGAUCCGGAGCCCAUGCAGGAGAAGGCAGCGGAUUUGUCAAACGCGUCAGAGGUGGGGGUAUGUGCAGUUCUGUCCCAGCGUUCUCCUUCAGACGAUAAGAUGCAUCCCUGCGCGUUUUAUUCCCAUCGUUUGUCUCCAGCCGAACGUAAUUAUGACAUUGGUAACAGAGAGUUGCUGGCGGUCAAGUUAGCGUUGGAAGAGUGGCGACAUUGCGCCACCGCCACCGUCCAAAACCUCCGGGAGAAGCACCGCACCUCCUCUCCCUCCUGGCGCAGAGCCAUCACUGCCCCAAGCAACGCCACACGCUCUCCACAAGUGGCUGACCCUAGAAUCCUCAUGCUGCUGGAUCCUUAG